CGGACAUUAUGUUUUGUCUUCAUUAUUGGACUCGUUUGGGACGUUUUUUAUUUUGAUGCAGGCAAGCGUUAUUAGCCGGACAAAAUUUUUCUUUUACCAUGUUUUUUUGUAUUACAAUUAAAAUUAUAUAACAAUUAGGUAGCAUCAAGUUCACUUAGAAGCUUAUAGUAAUGGAAAAUAUCGACGAGAAAUAUCGCAAACCAAGACGAACAAAGGGAACGCCUUCAUACUAUUAUCGAAAUCGAGUUGCUGCAGCAGGAAUUGUUGCGGGAAGUUUAAUAUUUGCUUUGUGGUAUUGUACACCAAUAUACCAAGGAGCUUCCGAGAAAUUUGUACGUGAAUAUUUGACCACAACCGAGGAGGAGAAAGAUCGCAAAUAUAUGUUCAAUCUGAAAGCAAAUCCUCGCACGUCGAAAGCCAUACAGCAGACAAUAGACGAAAAGAAACAAUUGAUUUCGGAACGAUAGAAAUUGGAGCUGAAGCAUAUGCUAUGGAUCGUGCAACCCGUAAAGCUAAUCUAAAGAAACUACAAUUACCGGGUACUGUUAAUACAAGACAACGUAAAAAAACACAAAAUGUCCAAGAACUAGGUACGGCCUCAAUUUCAAGUUAUUUUGCUGCUUCAGAAAGUGACAACAAAAUAUCCCCCGAGAAGAAUGGGAAAGAUAAAUUACCGGUCAGUGAUACAACAAAAAGUAAAUGCAAUGAACCUGAAGAAUCAGAAACACUGCCGAAAACUAAAACGACACGUGCCAAACGUACAAAGCUCGAUGCAUUCGUAUUUAAACAGCCAAAAUCAUUAGACUCCGGUACAAAUAAUGAUCAGUUGCAGGAAGAUGAUUUCGAUGUGCCCGAAAAGAAAGUCAAAAAGGCACCACCACCGCCCACAACAAAGACGGAAAACAAAAAGGGCAAUACCAAAAGUAAGGUCGCGAAAAAGCCUACGAAUAAGAAAAGACAAUCCACAAUAAAAUCAGCAUUUCUUCGUAAUGAACAAAUGUUUGCUGAAAUAGCUGCCCAACAUUGUGCCGCAGAUAAUUUCAAUGUCGAUGAUAUUCAACUGGCUUUGGCAAUAUCUCGUUCUGAAGCCGAGAGUAGAGGAAUAGCUGUUGCCGCAGAUAACGAGAAUGAUGGUGAUGUUGUUUGUGUUGCAGAUCAAAAUGACGAGGUUAAGGAUGCAGAAUCAAUAAGGCAGAAGCUAGCAAAAUAUGGAUUUCGUACAGCCGAAAAAGAAGAUUAUAAUGCAUUUGCCGAAGCAUUUAUGGCUAAAACAAAAGUUCGUACCAAGAAAGCAAAAUGGGCCAAUAAAUUUACCACAUUAACACUGCGCGAUGAACAGCUGCAAAAGAAAAAACUUAAAGAACAAAUAGAACUGAUUCUAAAUAAACAAUUUUGCAGAGCAUCUCAAUCUGUAGAGGAACCUUUAGUAGAAACUUAUCAACUUCAAAGCAAAAUACUUAGAGUUAGUCAAAAAGCUGAGGUCAACGAAAAAGUUGUACAAUGUCCAGAGCUGGAGGAAAUACCAUUGGAACAGUUUUUUGUCACUGAGUUAUUUCCAUUAAGUAAAGUGAAUGCUGGACAUUUACUACGAAAAUGGGAAGCAAUACAGGGAAGAGAUUUUACACCCAAAAAACAAAGUUCAAGGGCAGAGAAAAUGGCAAUAAAGAUACAUCAAAUCUAUAAAGAUUUGGAAAAUUACUAUCACAGACUCAAAUAUCCUUCGUUGGAUGGGGAAGUGGAAAAUGAAGAAAUUAUAAUUACUACUGAUAAAACUUCCAUUGAUGAUCAAGCAAAAAUGGGGGACGUUGAAUGUACCAGCGAUAAACCUGUGGAUUAUUUUAAAAAUUUACGUGUUCGAGAAGAUGAAGAUAAUCCGAAGUCCGAUUCUGGCAGUUCAAUAACUAGUUCCAUUUAUAAGAAAAUUAAAUCUUUAAUUCCACCCACCAGAAGUUUAGAAUUAAUGGAUGUUUCAGCUGGAUCUACGGACACAAAUGCUGCCACAAUAUGUUCAUCGCAAAUGGAAACAGAACCACAGUUGAAGCUAUUGAACAAUGUUUCGUGUACACCUGAAAAUUUAUUACGAAAUAAGGAUUGUGAGAAUACUUUGGAGGUGGGAACUAGCAAUAUAGAAAUUAAUUCAUUAAACGCAGCAAGAACACAUGAAAGCAGUAUUGUAGCAUCGUCUAAUAUAAAAGACAUUCCUGAAACACAUAAAGUUCCGUUGAUAAAUCAUGCAAGUGAUAGCAAUAAACCCAUCGUGGAUGUUGCCAAAGGCUUAGACCUUAGACCUACAACUUCCUGUAUUACACCUCAAAAGCCAACACCUAAUAGCGGUAUGAGUUCCACACAAAAACCGAGACCAAAUUCACCCGAUUUAUUUGCCGAUUCAGAUGUUGAAAUGGAAGAUGAAGAAGAGACAAAUAUUGACAUUGGUAAAGGAACCAAAAAUGUCCACCAAUUUUACACCAUGAGCACCGUGGAUGCUGAUCCAAAUACAAUCGAAAUCGUUUCCAGUGAAGAGGCAAAGAAUAAUUUUUCGCUGGAGUCUACUGAACACAUAGCAAAAAGUGAUAGUGUUAACCACCAUACAACCGUCCUGAGAACCGAAGAUGUGGCCACAAAUGCAGUUGAAAUAUUUUCUAGUGAAGAAGCAACAGACCUUUUCUCUCUGGAGUCUCAAAAACACCCAUCGAAGAAAGUUGUUACCCACAAUAGUUUCGGGGAGAGUUCCAAAGAAUCUGACGACGAAAAUGCAAUUGAAAUGCUAUCAAGUGAAGAGGCAAAGAAUAUUUUAUUCCGGGAAGUUGAAGGAUCCACAUCAGUUCGUGUUAAUGAUUCACCUGACACCAUGGAAGAAGAUACCGAAGAAAAUCUCAUCGAUCUAACACAAGAUUAUGAAGAAGAUCAUGUAUCCAAGGAAAAAAGCAAUACCACAAAUAAUCAAAGUAAAACUAUAACGGAGAUAGACAUAUUUGCUGAUUCGCCUUUAAACGACGAGGAGUUCGAAAAGGCAAUAACAGACAUAAAUAGUAAUUCCGAAACAUCGAAAUAUGUAAAUAAGUUAGAUGGGGAUGAAGAUUUCAAAUUAACAUUAAGUUUCGAAACAAAUAAGAUUGACAAUCAAGAUUUCUUUAAGUCCACUCUUGACUUGGCAUCUCCUGAGAAGAAAAGGAAACGUUUGGAUAAUGGCAACGAUUUACAAUUUUCAAAUGCAAAUAUCAUGGAUAAUCUUGAGGUGAAUGAAAUUUCACUUUUCUCAACAAAUUUUGAAGUAAAUCUUUGUCCAGAUAUUAGCAGUGUUUGUGGUGAAGUAGCAAAAGCUAAAUCAAUUACCAACUUAAAUGAAGUUAAGAUUUCGGAAUCAAAUGCCAUUACAACCAAAAGUAAAUCUAUUGAAGAGAACGUCCAAAAAGGGGAUGAUGACAAACUUAAAAGUCCCUUACAUUCUCCACACAAAACAAAUGAAAUCAUUGAAAUACCCGAUGAUAUUGAUUCAGACAAUGGAGGAGAAGAAGAAGAAGAUAUGAUCCUCAGAGAAAUGGAAUUAAAUCAAAGUAAUAGAUCGUUUUUGAAUUUUCAAGGAUCAAAUCAAUUACAAACAUCAUUUCAUCGUCAAACUGCCACAAUCAAGGAUGUCAGUCAAAAACCUUCAUCAUUUGCGGUUGGAAAUGAUACAAUCUUUCGAGAAUUGUAUAAUAAAUAUUUGGGUGGUAAGGAGAAAUCUAAUGAAUCUCUAUGCAGGAGAAGCUUUUCCCAAAUGGUAACCAACGUAAAAACCCCAUCUGACUCGAAUAAAAAUGAUAGCAGAUUUAGUAUGGAUUUGGAAAUGACCGUUGAACAUUGUAUAACAAAUAGGAAAUCCUUAUCAUUUCAUGCAACAUCACCUGCAAAACCCGAUACGGACACGGGCAAAUCUCAGUCAUUUAAUUUGCAAAAUCACAGUAUAGAUUUGACACAAAACGAAGAUGAUGAGGGGAAGGGAAAUAUCAUUGACCAAGAGGAGGAGGAUGAGGAGGAAUGUUUGGUGUUAUCCGAUGAUGAAAUAAAUUAUUCCAUAUGGCAGGCAAAUAAAACAAGUCGUUAUAAAGAUUCCAAUGGAAAUUCUGCAGAUGAAGAGCACUACAAUGAAGAGAAGGAUACAUCAGUGGUUCUUGAUAUAAUCAACAAUGGGUGCUUAUCGCCUUCCAAACAGAUAGAUUUAACUCAAAAUUCGUACAGUGAUUUUGAAACAAAAUCACCAAACGAAUCGCCAUAUAUCGAUCAUAAACUUGAACGAAGUAAAUUUGGUAUUCUGGAGGAGUUCUCGGAGACAUUCGAAUCGCCGACACCUAAUCAAUUGUUAGAAGAAGCAUCAUUUCUUCAAACGCCCGAUGAACCCAUAAAACGUUACAGUACCAUAGGUAAUCGAACAAGUGAAAAGUUUAGUGCCUUAUUGAAAAGUGUUGAUAAUGAAGCUGCCGCCUUGGAUGAUUUCGAUGAAUUCGAUAUGAUGGUAUAUGAAAAUCAAAAUUCGAAAAUCUCCUCAGUGCCAAUGGGAUUAGAUCAAUUGUUGACAGCUGAAAUAAGUCUCAAAGAAUCUCAAAAAACCUCGAGCAGCAGUUGCAGCAGUCCAGUUUUUGAUCUAGAGGGAAUACCCUCCACCUCUUCAGUUAGUACAUUGAAAAAGUCCAAGACAUUUAGCACUGUUACUGGCCAGAAAAAUAGCCUUGAUAAAACCCCAAACAAAAUCAAAUUUCAUAGUCAUAAGAGUUCCUCGGACAUUUUAAAGGCCACCUCCAAGCCCCCAAACAUUAUUGACAAACAAACAUUAACCAUCAAUAAUAAAACCUAUCACAUACGUGGUUUAACCGCCGAUGAAGUUAAACCCAACUAUUCUCAAUAUACUGAGGCGGAAUUAUUAAAGGCAUUAUAUAACUAUGGCAUUAAACCGUUAAAAAGAAAACAAGCUGUUAAACUAUUGGAAUAUAUUUAUCUGCAAACGCAUCCCAUAAUAGUUGAAGAAACGGCACCCGUUGAUGAUUGUAUUGAAAAUUGUUUUAACACGGCUAAAGCGACCUCAUCCACAAAUGUGUACCGUGGUAGUAUGAAAACAAAAACGACAUUGCCUUCCAGUCAAAUUGAAGAAGAACCCUUAACGCCAAGUAAUGUUCUGUCAAACGUUGGCAACAAAUUCAAUCUUAGCGAUGGCCUUGGUUCUGAUAUGAUUCAAUUUUCGCUUGAGCUAAAAUCGGAGCUAGCAGAUGAGAACUAUAUACUGCAGACAAAUGUAACAAAGAAGACCCCCCAACCUUUACUGCCAUUUCAUAUUGCAUGGUAUAAUUUGGUGUGUUCCAAUCGCAAACUACAUGAAAGUAUUCUGAUGUAUGAACCCAUUGAUUUACAAGAAAUUUACUUAUUUCUAAAAGGCAUUGGAUAUCGUUAUGACCCAAAGGACCUCAAGCAAUUUUUCGAUCAACGUUGCAUUAUAUUUCGUUAUGAUCUUGCAACGGCUGGUAGUAGUAACAAUGCUAACAAAGAGAAAGCGAAAAAUCGCCACGUUCGCAAGAAAAAGAAGACCAACAUUAAACAGACAGUUAACAUAAACAUUUCUUAAUUAUUAAAUAUUAAUGAAAAAUAAUAAGUGUAAAUAAUCGCAAUGAACUGAAAGAAUAUGUUUUGUAAAAUGUUUUUCUAAGUAAUCUAAUUUGCCUGUUUGUAAUUAUUUAUGUGAUGAUCUUAUAAACAAUAAAAUUAGC